AUGGAAUAUAAAGGUGCACCUUCCGAAGGUCAAAGGCAGGCCAUGUUAGAAAAACAACGAGCAAAGAUGUUAAGUGAAUUCGAAAAGCAACGAGAGAAGAUUACUAAAGAUAACCAAGUUAACAUAACGAACAGUAAAUUUGUCACACAAUACGAAGAUGUUGAAGAUUCGUUAAAAAAAGAAACGAUUGGUCUGGUCAAACUUGAAGAUUUCCAGAAAAUCAGGAAAGAAAUACAAGUUCAAAAGGAACGUGAAGCUGCAAGGACUGCAGAAUUAAAGUAUGAAAAAUUUAAGAAAAAGCAAAUUGAGAGUAUAGAGGAUAAUGAUGUAUCUCCUCAACCAUUAAGCAAGAAACCUAAACUUGGUAAAAAUCCUAAUGUUGAUACUUCAUUCUUGCCUGAUAGGGAUAGAGAGGAAGAGGAAAGGAAGGAACGAGAACAAUUGAGAUUAGAAUGGCUUCAAAAACAGGAGGAAAUCAAAAAUGAGAAAAUUAGUGUCACUUAUUCUUAUUGGGAUGGUACCGGUCAUCGUAAGACCGUAUCUUGUAAAAAGGGUGAUUCAAUUGCAACAUUUCUGGAAAAAUGUAGACAACAAUUUCAUGAAUUACGCGGUGUCAGCGUAGAUAAUCUAAUUUAUGUUAAGGAAGAUUUAAUCAUUCCUCAUGCAAGAGGAAAAUCAGGACCCUUGUUUAGUUUUGAUGUACACGAUGAUGUUCGAUUAACACAUGAUGCUACUUCUCACGCGGGUAAGGUGGUUGAAAGGAAUUGGUACGAAAAGAACAAACAUAUCUUUCCUGCUAGUCGUUGGGAAGUGUAUGAUCCCGAGAAGAAUUACGGGAAAUAUACAAUCAAGGAUACAAACAAGAAAUUGGGAUCAUAA